AUGUACCAUAACGGUGUAACACAUUCUGUAGCUCAUGAUGAUAUGGAUGGAAUAAAAAAAAUUCUUCAUUGGAUAACUUAUCUUCCUCCUCCUUCCUCAACAACAAUGUUACUACCUUCUCCAACAUCACAACAACCAUUAUUACCCCCUCUAUCAAUGUUAAAAGAUGACAAAGCAAGAAUGGUUCAUACCCAACCAACAAAAAGUGCUUAUGAUCCACGUUUAAUGUUAGAUCCCCCAGAUGGUGGUGGACUUUUUGAUAAGGGGACAUUUGAUGAAAUUAUGAGUGGAUGGGCAAAAACAAUAAUUGCUGGGAGAGCACGUUUAAGAGGACUUGCUGUUGGUGUUUUGGCUGUGGAAACACGAACGGUGGAAUGUGAAAUACCUGCUGAUCCAGCUACGCAAGAUUCUCAGGCUAAAUGUGUGCUACAAGCUGGUCAAGUUUGGCAUACUGAUUCGGCAUUUAAGACAGCAGAAGCAAUAAACGAUUUCAAUCAUGAAGGACUUCCUCUAAUCAUAUUAGCAAAUAUUCGAGGAUUUAGUGGUGGACAAAAGGAUAUGUUUGAAAUGGUACUAAAAUUUGGUGCUUGGAUAGUUGAUGCUUUACAAACAUAUACCCAACCAGUAAUAAUUUAUUUACCUCCCUUUGGCGAACUUCGUGGUGGUGCUUGGGCAGUAUUAGAUACACAAAUAAACCCAACAUGCAUAACAAUGUUAGCAGAUUCUAAUAGUCGUGGAGGUGUUUUGGAAGCAAAUGGGAUAGUUGAAAUAAAAUUUAGAGAGAAAGAUUUGUGUGUUUUACUUGGAAAAUGUGAUGAAAAAACGAAAAAAUUGGAAGAAGAAUUGGCUAAAAAUAAUAAAAAUAAAAAUUUUAAUGAAGAAAAGAAAAAAGAAUUGCAACAAGAAUAUGAGAAACGUAAAGAAAAACUUUUACCUGUAUGUAGAGCUGCUGCAGUUAAAUUUGCUGAUUUGCAUGAUACUACUGCUAGAAUGCUUGCUAAAGGGGCUAUUCAUGACGAAGUAGCUUGGCAAAAUACUCGAAAUUAUUUUUACAAUUUACUCUGUGUACAAUCAAUUAAAAUGGAGAUGGCUAAAAAUUAUUUAUCUGCUUGUUCAAUUUCAACAACAAAUUUGUCUUCAUUUACAAUAGACGAGUUAGAAAAAGGGUGUAAAUGGGUAGAUAAACAUUUGGCUGAAACUUCAAUUUUAAUAAGAAGAGAAAUAAAUUUAAAAGAGAAGCCGUCAAUGGAUUAUUCUAAACGAACACGUUUUGAAUAUUUUUUUGAACAAAUUAUGGAAUAUUCUAAUGGAAAAGAAUUUUUACAAGUAUUGGAACAAAUUAAGGCAGAUACACUUUUAAAGCAACUUAAAUUGGUUACUGGUAAUUUAGAGCAGAGAGAACGCUUUGUUGCAGCAUUAUUAGAGAGGGAUUGA